AGAGACUUAAGAUAUACAACUUUUUCCACUCGUAUCAGAUUUAGCAAUUUCAAAAUGGCAGGAGACAGCAAAUCAUUGACGACAAAGGUCGAGUCCGGCUCGCCCUACCAAUUGGACCCUUCUCAGACACUCCGCGCAUCGACCGCUCUGCUCAAGAAGAUUUCCGGCGACUCUGUGGCACACAAGGACAAUGGCGGCAAGGCCAACCUGCUCGAGGAUGCCGAUGAGGAAGAGGACAGCGACGAGACCUCGACCACCGUCUGGCUCAACGUCACCACCAAGAAGCACAUCGCCGACCAGCGCAAGAUGAAGCCCGGCAAGAUCAUCGUUCCCUUCCCUCUCCAGUCGGCCGCCUCGCCCUCUCUGCGCAUCUGCUUGAUCACCGCCGACCCUCAGCGCAAGUACAAGGACCUGAUCGCCAGCGACCGCUUCCCCGCCCAGCUCUCCUCCCGCAUCACCCGUGUCCUCGGUACCGAGAAGCUCAAGGCAAAGUACAAGACCUACGAGGCCCGCCGCCAACUCUUCGCCGAGUACGACAUCUUCCUCGCCGACGACCGUAUCAUCACUCGCCUGCCCGCUCUCCUUGGCAAGGUCUUCUACGGCACCGGAGCCAAGCGCCCCAUCCCCGUAGCCAUGCAAGGCAAGCCCGAGAACGCCCGCGACGAAGCCGGCAACAAGCGCGCAAAGCUCUCCGAAGGUGGUGACAAGCUCAAGCGCUCAGACAUCACCUCCGAGGCCCUAGCCCACGAGAUCGAGCGCGCCGUCGGAGCCGCCCUCGUCCACCUCGCCCCCAGCACAAACGUCAGCAUCAGAGUCGGCAAGAGCAGCAUGACCGCCGACCAAGUCGCCGCAAACAUCGACGCCGUCGUCUCCAGCCUGACCGAAAAGUACAUUCCCAAGGGCUGGAGAAACAUCCGCUCCCUCCACAUCAAGGGCCCCAACACCGCUGCCCUGCCCAUCUGGCUCGCAGACGAGCUUUGGGAAGACGAGGCCGAUGUGCUCGACAAACUGCCCGAGCCCGUCGUCAAGGACAAGAAGAAGAGAAAGCGUGCCCUGCUCGAGGCCGGCGCCGUCAACACAGCAGAAGCCGAAGAUGCAACUUUGCAAAAGAAGAGAAAGAGUCUGGAUGCUGCUGAUGAGGAGACCAAGGCCAAAAAGUCAAAGAGCGACAAUGCCGAAAAGGCUGCCAGGAAAGCUGCCCUCAAGAAGCAAAAGGAAGAGUCCAAGACUGCCAUUGCAGCAUAAACAAUGAAUCCCCCAUAAAAGAAGGAAAAGUUUUUGUUGAUGGAUAGGGGCUUUUAUACCUGGGUUUGUUUGCAUUGCAUGGCGCUCCGGACGGGUUUCUCUUUUUUCCAUAUUGGGUAUAUGUGUCUUUACAGACGUCAUUAUUCGUUCUCGGGGCCAUCAAACCCAUCGAGAGGUCAGAUGAACAUGUUCCGACUCUCAUCGUGUGAAGAAAUGUUUUAUACUACAUCACACUUUCAAGUAGGCAAGACGGAAUGACAAUGACUUGUUUUGUAUUAUUUUCGUCUCGGGGGAAUUAUAGCCUUCGCUCCAUCGUCCGUCAUCUGUGAAUUUUUAAUCACCUUGCGUACUGUGCUUCAUCCAUUAGGAAAACUUGGCCAUGCGUUGUGCCCACUAGGCUGGCAUAGCACCGAAAGAUGAGGUUCCACCUCCCGGUCCAGCACCAGCAGCGCCUGGCCCAGGGCCGCCGCCGAAUCCUG